AUACUGAUUAAAUCGUCGAGCUUGUAAUUUGGAUCAACGCUGGUGGGUUAAUAGCCCGUUACAGGCACCAUAAGAGAAUUAACACUUCACGUGUUUGAUACCGCCAUGACAUCACUGUUUUUCUUUCUAUUUCUGCUUGGAGUAUUAAAGUCCACCUUAUCCGAGCAGUGCGCGUGUGCGACUUCAAACGUGCAUGUGCGCAGUGGACCGGACACGCACCAUGCAGUGCUGACGACGUUAACGAUAAACAGCUGUCUGCCUCACAAGGGAUCGUCUGGUGGCUGGCAACAUGUCGACUACCACGGCCGGGAUGGGUGGAUUUCUGCAAAAUAUGUAGUCGUAAAGGCAUGUUCAUCUGGUGGUUCGAACCCGGUAAUCCACGCCGGCGGUUGUCCGCGUAUAAUCUCUAGAAGUGAGUGGGGUGCACGAUCUCCGAAAUCCACUCACCGCUUCCACGGCCCUGCCAAGUAUGCAUUCAUCCACCACGGGGAGAGCGGCAGCUGCCACACCCAGACGGAGUGCAGCAAAAUAGUGCGCGCCUACCAGAACUACCACAUGGAUAAUCGAGGCUGGAAUGACAUCGGCUAUUCCUUCCUGAUUGGAGAAGACGGAAAUGUCUAUGAAGGCAGAGGGUGGACACACGUCGGGUCGCACACCCAGCAUUACAACUCUGUCGGAUUUGGUUUCUGUAUGGUCGGGAACUUCAUGAACCGCGUGCCCAACGCCGCGGCACUGGCGGCGGUCAAGUCCAUUAUAGCGUGCGGGGUGCAGCACGGACACCUCUCCACCGGCUACAUCCUAAAGGGACACCGUGACGUCGGCACCACGGACUGCCCGGGCAACUCCCUCUACCACCUCAUUCGAUCCUGGCCCCACUACAGUUGAUAGGCAACAGAUAUUAGAUCACCGUAGCUUUGUGUGAAUUUAAAAUACAGAAUGGGAAUACAGUUGUCUUGUCUA